CGGGCGCCCUGCCCGCCGUGACGCUGCACAUCGCUCCGGCGCUGCCAGCGGGGCCGCUCCGCCACCCGCGCCGCGGCCAUGGCGGGCGUCAAGGUGAUCGCCAACGACACCGAGUUCCAGCCCGAGCUGAGCGCCGCCGGCUCCCGCCUGGCCGUGGUGAAGUUCACCAUGAGGGGAUGUGGCCCUUGCUUAAGGAUAGCUCCAGCCUUCAAUGCCCUGAGUAACAAAUACCCGCAGGCCACGUUUUUGGAAGUGGAUGUGCAUCAAUGCCAGGGCACAGCUGCCACCAACAACAUCUCCGCAACCCCCACGUUCCUGUUCUUCCGGAACAAGGUGCGGAUCGACCAAUAUCAGGGAGCAGAUGCCGUGGGCUUGGAGGACAAAAUCAAACAGCACCUGGAGAACGACCCUGGGAACAGCGAGGACACAGACAUCCCCAAAGGAUACAUGGAUUUGCUGCCGUUCAUCAACAAGGCCGGGUGCGAGUGCCUCAACGAGAGCGACGAGCACGGCUUCGAGAACUGCCUGCGCAAAGACCCCUCCUACCUGGAGUCCGACUGCGACGAGCAGCUGCUUAUCACUGUCGCUUUUAGUCAGCCUGUCAAGCUUUACUCGAUGAAACUUCAGGGGCCAGACAAUGGGCAAGGGCCAAAAUACAUCAAGAUCUUCAUCAACCUGCCACGCUCGAUGGACUUCGAGGAGGCGGAACGCAGCGAACCCACCCAGGCCCUGGAGCUGGGCCCAGAGGACAUCAAGGAGGAUGGGAUCAUCCAGCUCCGCUACGUCAAAUUCCAGAAUGUCAACAGUGUCACUUUGUUUGUCCAGUCCAAUCAUGGUGAUGAAGAGACAACACGAAUCACAUAUUUCACAUUUAUUGGCACUCCAGUGCAAGCCACGAACAUGAACGACUUCAAACGACUUAACUCCCCAUUCCCAAAGAACUAAAAGGGCAGAAGAAACUAAAAAGUAGUUGGCAAAAAAGGAGAGAGCCACUAGGAAGCAAAGCCACUGGAAGGCCUUAUCCCAGUCCGAGAUUCCCCUUUUCCUCUCUGACUCCUGGAUAAUUGCUUGACCAUAACCAGAGACUGUCCGUUUGAUUUACUGCCAUUUCCAAUAAAUCAUUGCUUUGAGCUGGA